AUUUUAAAUUUAAGGGGGGUUCUGUCUUUAAUUUGCACCCCAGGAAAGAAGAUUGGAAAAGCUGCCCAAAAAGAGAAGAUUUGGAUGGUUUAUUUUUCUUUUUAGAAAAUUGGAGCCCAUCUGCCUUGGGAAGGAAGCAGCAUGGCCUGAUCUUCCCUACAUCGUUGGAAGCCUUUUUAUUUUCCUGAAAAAGAGUGAAUCAGAUUAUUAUUGUUGUUAUUGUUAUUAUUUUUCCCUUUUCCCAGCAUCAACCACAGUUUGGAUCUAAGGUUUUUUUUUUUUGCUUGCUUGGAAGAAUGUGAACCAUUCAAAAUCUAGGGGGAAAGGAGAUUACUGUUGUUUGAGAUUUCUGGUGGAUGUUUGUUGUCUUUUCCUCCACCUUGUUUCUUGGAUUGUUUCUCUUUUGGAAUAAUUCCCUUUAAGAGCAACAGCAGCUGCAGCAGCAAAGGGUUUCAAACAGCAACAUCAAGGAUUUCAAACAACAACAGUAAGGAUUUGAAACAGUAACAACACAACAGCCAGAUUCUUGUUCUCUAUGUGGGGGAGGAAGCUGGACUGAUCCUUGCUGAGCCUGCUUCUGAUGAAGAAGAAGAAACCCAAAAUGGGGGAUUUCGACCCAGAACAUCCCACCCUUGACACAACUUUCUUGUCGAAGGAUGACAGUGGACAUCAUAAACCUAAUACCUCCAGCAUCCCUGAAAUGCAGUCACCUCUGAGGUGGAAAGGGGCAGACAACUGGUGUAUCUUUCCCCAGAAUAUGGAUGGGUCUGAAGAGGUAGAAAGAGAAGAAGAAAAUGAGGGCAAGGCUGAAAACAUACAGAAACCUGGUUUUGUCAAAGGGCCAGUGUUCAAGGGAAUUGCUUCUAGCCGCUUCUUGCCUAAAGGCACCCGGACAAAAGUUAACCUGGAGGAACAAGGCAGACAGAAGGUUUCCUUCAGCUUCAGCCUCACCAAGAAAACCUUGCCAAACAGAUUUCUGACAGUCCUUGGGAACGAUAAGCAAAACGAGACACCAAGUUCCCCAGCAACAGCCCCUCAAACUGACAUUGCCUCUAAAAUCAAAAUAGACCUUGGGGACUCAUCUGGUGCGGUGGAAGAAUUCUCACCGCCGAAGCCUAAGGUGGAAUUGGGCAAGAUCCAUUUUAAGAAACAUUUGCUCAAUGUUACCACAAAGCCUCCCCUGGCUGCUGUGGUGCCUCCACCGCCUCCACCAGCACUUCAAGCACCAGCAGCUACACCAGAAAUUGUGGAAUUGCCAUCAUCACCUCCUCCCCCUCCUCCCCCUCCUCCCCCUCCCCAAAUUCUGUUAGCACCAACAUUAGUACUAACCCCAGCAGUUUUGCCACAAGUUCCUGUUGCAGUAUCAACAAUAGUUGCCCCUGUGUCACCAUCACCCUUAGAAAACAUUGUCCAAAUGACAAAAGAGCCUUCGGUGAAAACAUCACCGGAGACUUCAGACUUGAACACUCAAGAGAGUUUUGUCUUGGAUGAUUCCAAAGAGCAUUUAGCUGAAGUCGUUUUCGAUGAAGCAGAACCAGCCUCGACAAAAAGACAUUCCCACAGUGGGAGGGAAGAAGAAGUUUCAGAUGGGUCAAAAAGUGCUUCUCUCUGUGCUAAAAAACAGAGUUCCAGGAGGAAGUUCUCAUUGUCUGAUGGCACAGUACCAGGUUCUGAAUCUGAUGAAGAUUCUGUAAGAACCUCUUCUAGUCAGAGAUCCCAUGAAAUUAAAUUAUCCACAAGCUCAGAGAAAGAAAAGGAUUCACGAAAGAGCUUUACUCCUCACAAAAUAGAAGAGCAGGUAAAAUCUUCAUCACGGUCUAGAUCUGACAGAGAUGAAAAAUAUUCCAGUUAUUCUCGAGAGAGAGACUCAAGGUACUCUUCCACCCGUUCCAGAUCUGACCGAGAGAGGAGGCGAAGUAGAUCUCGCUCUCAUUCUAGAUCAGAGAGAAGUUCUAGACCCAGUUUGACCUAUUCCAGAUCAGAACGGUCACAUUACUAUGACUCUGACCGAAGGUACCACAGGAGCUCGCCAUACAGGGAGAAGAGCCGAUAUUCUCGUUCUUACGCAGAUAUCAGGAUGAGAGAGAGUUCUGAUUCUGAAGAAGAGUAUCGGAGGACAUACUCCAGGUCUACAGACUCACGGCGCACAUCCUCUCAUUCCUCAUCUUACAGAGACUCUAGAACCUCUUCCUCUUAUUCAAAGUCUGAACGGGAGAGCAGGACAGAAUCCUCUCAUACUGACUCAGAUAGAAAAGGAAAGCCCACAAAAUCAGAAAAAGACACAAGAAGGACUUCAGAAACUGAUGUUUUAAAACGGUGCUCUCCUGUCAGUGAGGUGCAACAUCGAAGAGGAACAUCCUAUUCUAAAGCAGACAGCAGUGUGAAUUCUUCCCGACACAGAUCCACCUCUUCUAAGUCAUCUGUUCCAAAGCCAGAUAAAUUUAAAAGUUCUUUCUGUUGUACAGAAUUUGAGGAAAUCAGAGAGCAGUCUAAUUGUAUAGACUUGGAGGCAUCUUGUAUACAAAGCUGUGAAACAAAAACUGCUGUUCGACAGAAGCCAGAAACAGAAAGGACCGUUUCUCCAUUAAGUCAGUUUAGUGAUUCACCUACUUUUAAAAAGCUAGAAGAAUCAAAAGAAGGUUCUCCUAUUUCUAAGUCAAAUGAACUUGCAGGAAUUGAUAGCCAUGACAGUAUUAAGGAAGUUGAAUCUUUUGUUAAGGUAAAACAUGAUGGGUUAAGAACUUGUUCUACGACAACAGAAACCAAUAUAUCUCCAGAAAGCAGGACCAGUAAUACUGCAUUCUUCUGUAACUCUGAAAUGGAGGCUACAAUGUCUUCUGAUAAUAGUCUAGAUAGAUCUGAUAGUUUAGAUAUAUUUGAAUCACCAUUGCAAGUCAAAAGUCCUAAUUUCAACAAGAUACCAUCUAAUGGGGUCCAAAGUGUAUCGCCUUCUAAAGAACAUGCUCUGGGUGAUUCCCUGAUCCUUUUGAGUGAAUCCAACUGUUCGUUUCAAGAAAAGGAAGAAGUUUCAAUUCCCCCUGAAUAUGAAUGUGUACCUUCCUGUCCUGAGAAUGUAAAUCAUUUUGAAACAACAACAAAAGUGGAUGAUCAAACAGAUCACUGUAGUAAAACCAAAGAUCCACUACCUAGUUACCUUUCAAAUGAUGCCACUCUGUAUUAUUCAGAAGUUGAAAUUGAAGCUGAGCCUUCAGAUAUCAAAGCUACUCCAGGAUCUUUUAAUGCUAUUAACGUAGAGCCGCACAUUGAACCAUUUAAAUCUUCUGAUGUAGAAGAUCAAAAUUCAUCAGGAUCUACUCAUGAAGGUGAAAAAUGUUUUAGACAGUUCAGUUCAUUAGAAAGUAGCCCAGUCAGAGAUUCUUGUACAGAGGAAUACCUUGUGGAAGUGAAAUUAGACAAUCAGUGUGUUGCACAGGAACAGCAAACUUAUGAAAAUGGUUCCUCACAGUUGGAAGUGACUGUGGAGGAGGAGAAGGAAGAACUCUUGGAGUGUUCUGAAGUAGCACUUGAACUAGAUGUUGAUUCUGUUUUUGAAAAAACAAAAUUGCCUUUUAAAAAUGAACAUUCUUAUUAUUUAGAAAGACCACUGGAAGACCCAGAGAAAGAAGAACCUGAUGAGGAUGAAGACUCUGUUACCCUUGACGAAAGAACUAUGUCUGGUUUGAAUGAUCACUCUCCUGAAGUCUCCGUGAUAAAGGACAAUCACUGCUUGGUUGGAUCUGAAUUUUCAGAUGCCAUGUCCCCUUCUUGUGAUAUUGUCAUUGCUGUAGAAGAAACAGAAACUGUACCCGAAGCACCCAAGUGUGACAGUAGCCACAGUAAUCCUGAACUCACUCCUAUUCACAAUGAAGACUAUUUGGAUCUGGCUGAAAGCACGAGUGAACAGGGUAGUGAUGAAAGUGAAACAGAGGACUCUGAUUCAGAUGACAGCAGCGUUCCAAGGAAUCGCCUUCAGUCAGUUGUGGUCAUUCCAAAGAAUUCUACAAUAACAACGGAGGAGAGUAGUCCUUGUUCCUCGCGCAACAGCCAAAGUAACAGACGCUACUUGGAUCACUGGGAAGAUGUUAGGCCAGAAUCCAGCAAAUUGUUCUAUGACGAAAUGCCAAAUGACUUGGAAGAUAAUAAUGGUCUGCAAAAUGAGAGGAAGGGUCUCCUUUGUAGAGAUGUGGAGGGGACUCUAGCAAUAUCUACUGAGCUCAACAGAAUAGAGAUGGAAGAUCUUCAACCCAGUGCCUUCCAACCUCAGAGUGAUGAUGUGGACAGUACAAGUCAGUCAGAGCAAGCAUCUGAUUCUCUGAGCAAGCCAAAUCCAGAUGAAAGAUUAGCAUUAAGCGAAACAGCGUCUCUGCCACGGUCAACUGGUGAAUCACAAGAGCAGGAGCUGCAUUACCAUUCCAGGACCUUUGAAAUGGCUGACAAUAUGUUCAGGUUGCAGACCAGUGUUUCCAAGCCAGACAGUAGGCAGGGGAGGUCUUGUUUUGGCAAUCUCCCUGGCACUGGAGACUUCUCUAGAGAGGAUGGCUUCCAUUCAACAGAGGAAGGCAGCUUGGAGUGGGAUUUCCCUCAACCCGAGAAACCCAGCAGUACUUACCAGCAGCCUGAUAGUAGCUAUGGCAAUUAUUCAGGUUACAUUUACCCACCAGUUUCAGGACCCUAUGUUGGGUCCCAUAAUUACUGGCAUGACAAUGGCUACUGGGACCCAAGAUUGACUAACAGACCCUGCGAGAUGAAUUAUGAGCGGAUUCAAGGGCAGGUCCCAGAUUCACUUACAGAAGAUCAUGAAGAGUAUGAAGAGGUUGACUGUUGGGUCGAUGAAAGCCAGUCCUACUUGCCCAGUCAGUCAGUGAAGUACCAUCCGCGUGACCCCAGAGAGAAGGGUUCAGUGCAGGCCCAUGAGAUAAGCAGUAACUCCGCUAAGGAGCCGAUGGCUGCAAGCGAGCGAAAAGAACAGGUGAGCAGGGCUUUGGAAAGAAAUGACAUGAAAGAGAGGGGGCCGCUGAAGAAGAGGCGGACAGAAUUGGAGAGCGAGUCGGAGAGCGAUGGGGACUCCCAGGAAAGGAAGAAGGUCAAAAUGGAGGGUGAGCGGUUGCCAGUCAUACCUCCGGGGCAUUCUUCAGGAGACCGUCCGUUGUGUUUCAUGGAGGACUUCAGGGACCCACAGCGAUGGAAAGAGUUUGCCAAGCAAGGGAGAAUGCCCUGUUACUUUGACCUUAUUGAAGAAAAUGUGUAUUUGACAGAAAGAAAGAAGAAUAAAUCGCACCGUGACAUCAAACGGAUGCUGUGUGAGUGUCCUACACUUUCCAAAGAUGAGAGAGCUCAAGGAGAUGUGGCAUGUGGAGAAGAUUGUCUAAAUCGUCUGCUCAUGAUAGAAUGUUCUUCAAGAUGCCCCAAUGGGGAGUACUGCUCCAAUCGGCGGUUUCAGAGGAAACAGCAUGCAGAUGUGGAAGUCAUCCUAACAGAGAAGAAAGGCUGGGGGCUGAGAGCGGCAAAAGACCUGCCCUCUAACACCUUUGUACUGGAGUACUGUGGUGAAGUACUGGAUCACAAAGAGUUCAAAACCCGAGUGAAGGAGUAUGCCCGAAGCAAGAACAUCCACUACUAUUUUAUGGCCUUGAAAAAUGAUGAGAUAAUAGAUGCUACCCAAAAAGGAAAUUGCUCUCGUUUCAUGAACCACAGCUGUGAACCAAACUGUGAAACUCAGAAGUGGACAGUGAAUGGACAACUGAGAGUUGGCUUUUUCACCACAAAGCUAGUACCAUCAGGCUCAGAGCUGACUUUUGACUACCAGUUCCAGAGAUAUGGCAAAGAAGCACAGAAGUGUUUCUGUGGCUCUGCGAACUGCCGAGGCUACCUUGGAGGGGAGAACCGGGUCAGCAUUAGGGCGGCUGGAGGCAAAAUGAAAAAAGAAAGGUCGCGUAAAAAAGAUUCGGUGGAUGGAGAAUUAGAGGCACUCCUGGAGAACGGAGAAGGGCUUUCAGAUAAGAAUCAAGUUCUCAGUUUGUCCCGGCUGAUGGUACGCAUUGAGACUCUGGAGCAAAAGCUUACCUGUCUCAAACUCAUCCAGAAUACUCAUUCUCAAGCCUGCCUGAAGUCCUUCUUGGAAUGUCAUGGCUUAUCCCUUCUCUGGAUUUGGAUGGCAGAGCUUGGGGAUGGCAGGGGGAACACAGCCAACAACCUGAAGCUCCAGCUAGAGAUUAUAAAAACGUUGGAGCUCUUGCCUAUUCCCAACAAAAACAUGUUAGAGGAGAGCAAAGUGCUUCCAAUAAUCCAGCGCUGGGCCCAGACCAAGUCUGCCAUUCCACAGCUCAGCGAAGGGGAUGGUUAUUCCAGCGAGAACACAUCGCGGGCUCAUACUCCCCUCAAUACUCCAGAUCCUUCCGCUAAACCUAAUCUAGAGGGUGACACAGACACUCCUAAGAAACUUGCUUUGCGGAGGCUCAAAAUCAUAAGUGAAAACAGCAUGGACAGCGCCAUCUCUGACACCAUCAGUGAGAUUGAGUUGAAGGAAGGCAAAGAGGACCUGGAACAUCCAGAGAGUACCCCACCAGAGACAGUGGAUGAACAACCAGUGCAACAAGAGCCUGCCAAGGAUGUGGCCGUUGAGGCCUCUGCAGACAUCAGCAAGUCUCAGGCAGCAGAACAAGAGGUUGAACCUGAGGCAGAGAUGAAGGAGAGCAUCACCACAAAGCUAGAAGAAUCUGUUGCUGUGGAAACACCUUCUCAAGAUGAAGAGGAAGGCUUGUCAGAUGUGGAGAGCGAGAGGAGUCAGGAGCAGACGGAUAAGAUAGUGGAUAUCAGCGAUUUGGCUAACAAGCUUUUGGACGGCUGGAAAGACCUAAAAGAGGUUUACAGGAUCCCAAAGAAGAGUCAAGUGGAAAAGGAGACCACUGCAGAUCGUGGGCGAGAGUCAACAGGUCGAGACCCAGCUUCUGUCCCAAAAAACCUGAGUAGAGAACGAGACCCCGAAAGACAAAGUCAAAGCAAGGAAAAGAAGAAACGCAGGGAUUCUUUGUCACCCCCAUCAGCGUACGAGCGAGGCACAAAGCGGCCAGAUGACAGGUAUGACAAUGCAGCCACAACCUCCAAGAAGAAAGUCCGGAUCAAGGACCGCAACAAGCUGUCCACAGAAGAACGAAGGAAGCUCUUUGAGCAGGAAGUUGCCCAGCGUGAAGCCCAGAAGCAGCAACAGCAGUUGCAGAACCUUGGGAUGGCUUCCCCUGUUCCCUAUGACUCCUUGGGCUACAGUGCCGCCCAUCACACCUUUAUGGGCUACCCCCCUGGCUACCCCAUGCAGUCUUAUGUGGAUCCCAGCAACCCUAAUGCUGGGAAGGUGCUACUCCCCACUCCAAGCUUGGACCCUAUGUGCUCCCCUGCAACCUAUGAGCACCCUCAGACUUUGGUGGGGCACACAAUUGAACCCACCCUGGCUGCCCCCCAGCCGGUGCCCAUAGUUCAACAUGUAGCAACGACCCUGGAGGUUUCCACCCCGCAGUAUGUAGCCCAGAGUGACCCUGUAGUCCACCAGGAACAGAGUGUUGCGGUCUUGCCAGUGCCGGCCACAGGUACAGUGCAAGGACAGAGCUACGGAGUCUGGGAUUCCAGCCAGCAGACUGUCACAGUGCAGCCACCUUAUUCUCCAGCUCAGUCACAGCCAGCCAUUUACUACCAAGGGCAGGCAUGUCAGACAGUUUAUGGAGUGACAUCGCCAUAUUCUCAGACCACACCACCAAUUGUACAGAGUUACGCACAGCCAGGCCUUCAGUAUAUCCAGGGACAGCAGAUUUACACUGCUCAUCCUCAGGGUGUUGUGGUGCAGCCCACAACAGCAGUAACCACUAUUGUAGCGACAGGACAGCCCCCACCUAUACAGCAGCCAGAGCUUGUGGUGACCAACAAUCUUUUGGACCUGCCGCCACCAUCUCCCCCUAAACCCAAAACCAUUGUCCUUCCUCCCAGUUGGAAAACAGCCCGCGAUCCGGAGGGGAAGAUCUAUUACUAUCACGUGGUCACAAGGCAGACUCAGUGGGACCCUCCAAACUGGGACAGCCCAGAAGAUGAUGCCAGCCUUGAACAUGAAGCUGAAAUGGACCUUGGAACGCCAACCUACGAUGAAAACCCCAUGAAGUCUUCCAAAAAACCCAAAACUGCGGAAGCAGACACUUCUAGCGAACUGGCAAAGAAGAGCAAGGAAGUGUUCCGGAAGGAGAUGUCUCAGUUCAUUGUACAAUGCCUGAACCCCUACCGCAAACCAGAUUGCAAAGUGGGACGGAUAACCACAACUGAAGACUUCAAGCACCUUGCACGAAAGCUAACUCAUGGAGUGAUGAACAAGGAGUUGAAAUACUGCAAGACUCCCGAAGACCUGGAGUGCAACGAGAACGUGAAACACAAGACGAAGGAGUACAUCAAGAAAUACAUGCAGAAAUUUGGGGCUGUUUAUAAGCCCAAAGAGGACACUGAAUUGGAAUAGUGGCUGCAGGAAAGAGUCUUUCAUUAUUCUUUCUUCUCGGAGCCAACCUGCCAUGGAUGUUUUUUUCUGCACAGUAUUUCUGGCUGCAUGGGGGUUGCCGUUUGGAAAAAUGACUCCACCAAUCUCAUGGUAUAGAUGCCCUUCUCUGCAUGCCAGGUUUCCAGAGACCAGGCAGAGGCAGGAGGGAGAAAAAAGACAGUCACACCACGCACCCUGACACCUGGCUGUGGCUCAUCAACAUCACACCUUGACCCCUGUUUGCAAGAAACCCCAUACUCCUGAUCUGGCGGUGCUCAGUUUGUCUCCUGUUCAAGAUCUGUAUGAUAUUUUAACGUAUAUGUGAAUAUAUUGAGGAUUUUCUUUUCUUUCCCCCCUCCUUUUAGCCCCAACAUGUGUUGAUAUCAUGGGAACACUUUGUAAGAAUAGUUCUGAGGGUUUUUCAUUUCCUCCUCUCUCUUUUUUUGUUUGUUCUGUUUUUGGUUUUUCCCCCCCAGAUUUUUUUGUUGGUUCUUUGCAAAGUUUCAUCUGUUAUCAUGUAAAUAUUUGCGAACAGGCUGCCUCAGGGUUUCUGGCAGGCCAUGUGCUAUGUUGAUAAGAUUGAUUUUACUGCUUAAAUCAUUUUACUUUAUCCAAUUUUUACUGAAGUUUUUAUGUAAAAGAAAAAAAAUUAAAAAAUUAAAAUGGCAAUGAAAGAACAAAA